CUUAUCUAUUUAGUCUUAUUAAAGAAACAGAUUUUAAAAGUUAUGGCAAGUGAAAUGAUUCCUAAAAAGGACGGAAUUCCAAUUAUUUAUCAGGGGAUAAAUGAAACGUUGAUCAGGAGCAGUUCAUUUGGUCUACAGCUGCACUAUAGUUACCCACUAUCCAACCUCUGCCUGAAAGGUAUACAAAUCUAGGUUUUCCAGCUGUAGCUGAGAUUCCAAAAAAUGUUUUCCAUCUAAAAUGAAACAAAGUACUUGGUCCAGCACUUUCCGUAAUUAACCUAGAAUUGGCAUUUGAAUCCGUCCAUCGCGAGAUGCUGUAGAGAUGUCUGGGAGUGAAACUUGUAUCUAUAGACCAGGCAGUUUAAAAAUCCCUCGUCCAACAAAUUCAAAAUGUUCUCCGGUCAGAUUGAAUAAUGCAUUUAGUUUUUUUGCAUUUAUAAGUACUUAUUCAUAACCUCCUGCUGGUCACAUGAAUUACUCUUUGAUAUGUAUGCCAUAAGUGAUGUCUUCAUUAUUGGGAUUUUCUGAGUUGAUAAUGAAUGUAUUUAUUGAUUUUUGUCUUCUAUCUUUUCAUAGCUCAUAACAUUUUGUCCUUUUUUCAAUGGAGGACCAACUACUUUUCGAAAAUCUGGAUGAAAAAUUAGAGGAUGAAAAUGGAUUUGUCACUGCCAAUUGGUUGUCAAUCACUUUCGACUUAAAUAUAAAUGAUUCGAGACGUCUUAUGGCCUCAUACAUUCAGGCCCGUGACAACUUAUCAUCUGUUUAUCUGUUAACUGGAAUCAGUUCACAAGGCGAUAUUUUAGUAAAACUUGUCAACUCAGAACAACUUUCAUUGGCUGAAAAGUCUUUCUCGUCUCCACCAAAACGUGUUGUGUAUAGCAUACAACGCCAAAAGUGCAAGGAUUCUUUAUCAUUAGCAUGCUGUAACUUGUUGCAUGAUAUCUCAGAAAAUCAGUUAAAAAGAAUAAUCAGUAUCCCGUGGGAACCAAGUACUAAGUCUUCUCGUACUCCGUUUUCAUGUCGGGAAAAUCAGGAAAUCACCCAAGAGAUUACACCAAAGGCUGUAGCAAAAUCUGAUGUCCCCACAAUUCCGAAACUUGCUACGACUGGACACGAUGAAAAAAUCAAAACAUCGGACUUGAAAAACUUUUUCACUAAAGCAGAGAAACCUGUUCAACAAGUUAACAUACCUCAAAAGGAUGUAAAGCCAAAUAACAAGAUCGAAGUAAUAUCCAAACCAGUAAAAGUCGAGAAACCGAAAGGACUUGUAGUCAUAGAAGAAGAUGAUGAGGAGUUUGGUCCGAAAAAUACACUUUCAGCACAGAAACGAAAACGUGUUGUCAUUGAAUCCGAUGAUGAAGAAGAAAAUGUGGAAAACGAGAAUCGUAAAUAUGCUGGCUCAGUUAAUUCAAAAGCUAAUUCACAACGUGAUGAUAAAUCCACAAAGAAGAAACAAAAUCCUAGUAAUAAGGAUAAAGGAAAAGUGUUGGUAUCUGAUUCGGAGACAGAUUCGUUUAUUGUUGAGUCUGUAAAACCAGAGAAAUCACCUAAGAAAAUGAAAAAGACAGACGUAGAGAAAACUCCAUCACAUUUGGUGAAUAAGCCUGAAGUAAAUUUGAAAAGUUCACCAAAGCCUCCUGAAGCAGCUCGUCCAAAUCGUAUUCGCCAUCAAGUAAUGAAAACGUUUGCAGAUGAAGAUGGCUUUAUGGUUACAGAAAAGGGUUGGGAAAGUGCUUCAGAUGACGAGACUUCCAAACCGGCAGCAAUGACCAACGUUGAUUCAGAUAAAAGCCAGAAAAGUCAACCGAGCUUGCAGUUGAAAACUGACAAUUCCGCUUCACUAACUGCAUCUCCCAUUAUCAAACCAGACAAACCGAUUAAACAGGCGAACAAGAAGAAUACAAACAUCAAACCGGCAGUAAAACAAGCCUCAUUGUCUUCUUUUUUCAAAUCCAACAAUACAUAGUUGUUUUGAGAUUAUUAUUUUUUUUCAUUGUAAAAUAUUAUACCACUGUAAUGUUAUCAAUAUAAGUUAUCCAUGUAUUAUAUAUUUUUAAUACUUGGCUUAUAAAGCGUUUUAUUUUCUUAACUGAAGUUCACGAUGAGUUAAUCUAAUAUAUACUAUUCUAAAAC